AAAAGAGGAAGAAAAAACUAGUGUGGGGGGGGAGGGGGAGUGCGGAGAAAAUUAAAUUAAGUGGAAGGCUUUCUUCAAAAUGGCCGAACUCCAUGUUUACAAAUCUAAAUGAAGAAAAGAUUAUUUUCGGGAGAUUUAAAUUAAUUUUUUUUUUAAUGGAUCACCAGGCGACCUUGAGAUUCAGAUGACGUGAAUGUGUAGGUAAAUGUCACUGUGUUCUUAGGUAAAUGUCCCUGUGUUCUCGUGGGAUCAACCUUCCAAAUUAUUUCCUUGAAGUGGACCAAAGUCGACACACACACGACACAGCAUUUCUUCAAGUUUUGUGUAAUUGUGUGAGUUGGAUGAAAACAUGAAUACAUCAGUGACAAGAUCAACUCUGGCAACCGAGGUGAGACAUUGAUAGUAUUAAUUUCAUGUGUUUUUCCACGCAAGCAAAUCGGCAAAUCAUUUAUAGAUUUUAUUCUGAUGUUCUUGAGGUUGGUGAGAAGUCCUUUGGAUUGGGGGAGUCUAUUAGUGGAGGGGCUGGGGUCAUUUGACCACUGGUGUCAGUUGGACAGAAGAGUUAGUAGAUUUAGUUGGUCAAUGGAUUCAUUUGGUCAGUGGAGUAAAUUAGUAAAUGGGGUCAAUUGUUCAGUAGAGUCAAUUGGUCAGUGGAGUCAAUUAGUAAAUGGAAUCGUUUGGUCAGUGGAGUCAAUUGGCCAGUGGAGUCAAUUAGUAAAUGGAGUCAAGUUGGUCAGAGGAGUCAAUUAGUAAAUGGAAUCAUUUGGUUGGUCAGUUGGUAAAUAAAAUUAUUUGGUCAGUAUAUUCAUUUGGUCAGGGGAUUCAGUAGGUCAGUGGAGUCAGUGACCCAUUCAGUACAUUUGAGUGUAGAUCCUGUGUUUGAACUUGAUAACUAAUAAUUUUCUCCACCCCCAGGGAGUAAGCACUGGCGAUGUGUCAACCAUUGGAGUCAGGGCUGAUCCCCGCUCAGCAAUGUCCGUUGGUUCAAUCGGGGCCUCCACAUUGUCCAUGAGGGCUAAAGCUGCCCGUAAGAGGAAGGUCAAUGCAACACACAACAGUAACUUCAGGUGUGAGUCAGUACCAUGAUCGUUAUUGAGUCGUAAUGCUGUUUAAGUGAUUGUAAUUUCAAUAAUCUUAUGGAGCUCUUCUGCGCAUCAAAGAGUUAUAAAAUAUUUUUUAAACAUGAAAACUGCUUAACAUCAUUAUAUAUCCUACUAAAUAAUUAUAAUUAUUGCUCACAGAGCUGGAUAUGUCCCUGUAGAAGAGGAUGCUUUGCAUCGGGCUGGCAUCAGGGGACGCAAGCGUUAUUUCCUCUACUGUGUUCUUGCUGUGUUGAUGUUCCUAGCUGUUAUUAAUAUUGUAGUAAGUCAAAUAUCUUACUUUGUUAGCUAUUCCAAAUUAAUAGGAUUUUUAUCUUAUUUUGAUAGUUACAUGGAUACUUUUGGCUGUCUGUUUGAGACUCCUUCUGAAAAGAAAAAAAAAUUUAUAGUAAAAAAGAAAACACAGAUAUUAUUUCAUUGCAUUCCUGAUUCCUGAAUUCUAAAAACGGACCCCCAAUUGGAAGUCAGUGACUGUAGAUUAUAAAAAACCAUACCUAAUUUUCUACAGCUAGGAUAAGACGUGUACUAUUUUAUUUGUAAUUAAAGAAAUAAAUAGUAUCAACACAUCAUAGGUCUCAUAGUUUAAAUAGCUUGUAAGUUUUCAUCAUAUUCUUCCACAGUUUAUGGCCAUAAACAAAUGUGACAACUUCAGAAAACCAAAUACUUGCAUAAGAAUGGUACAAAUUUUAAAUACAGGCCUCCGUCGCCCCUCCCACCCCCCUCCUAAAAAUAAUGUGAUCUAGAACUUAAUUAGGUUUUAAAAAUUAAUAUAUUUUUUUUAAACAUUAAAUAUUCAAAGAUAUUUUAUUUUAUCUCAUUCAAGGUGAUUGGCUGGUUGCUGUAUAUUUUAAGGAUGACUCUCAACGGCAUGGAAAGUAUGGAGCUCGCCAACAUGGGAGGUCGAAAUUUCCUCAGAGUUCUGGAUAAUGCCAAAAUCGACAUAAUGUCUACUAACAGCGUGCCAAUAGGCUCGAGAUUUAAUUCCAAGCUUUCAAUAGAAGCUGAAAAUGGUCCCGUAAGAUUUAAAAUUGAGUUUUCGUUGUCUUCAAUGAUUACAUUAAUAGAUUCAAACCUGAUUCGUGUCGUCACGCCACCCCGCCCCCGCCCCCCGCAUUUCAAUGUAUAUUUACAGAAAAAAAUGAAUCUAUACCAGGAGAUAAUCUGUUUGGACAAGGAUUCUGAUGAUCGAAUGUUUAAACAGUUUUCAAACUUUAACACACUUCAGUCCCUAGCUCCCCGCAUCUUAUAGUUAGAUAAAACUGUCAAGCUAAGUUACUUAUAAAAACCAAAUGGUAAGGGAGAAAGCCCUGACUGUUAAUAAUAAUAAUUAAAAAAAACCACAAAAACUCCAACCCCACCCCCCCCCACCCCCCAAAAUACUGAUAUAUUUAGAAAGAGGUUACAUUUACAUCAAAUCAACAAGAAAAUACCCAAAAGACAUGUUGGCAACUUAUACCAGCACAUAUACUGUAAUAUUUCUUUAAAAAAAUUUAUUUUAAAAACUAUGAGUUACACACAUCACAUGUUAUUUGCUAAAUGGAAAACACCAUCCCUAUGAAAAGAUCUUAACAAAUUGAUCUAUCUCUUGAGGUUUUAGCAAUGGUCAUUUGUUGCUUUCUAUUAUUGUUCAAUAGUUUGGGUUUUUUUGGUGUGUUUUGUUAAAUACAAUUUUUUAAUUUUGAUGAAUUAUGGACUUCAAAUAUAUUUUCCAUCCCCUAAAGUUGGAAAUGAAACUGACAUCACCCAAAACAAGUUCAUCCAUUGUGUUAGAGAGUAAUGAGGUUACCAUGGUCACAGAUAAGUUUUCUGUUAAGACAACAAAUAGUACUGACUGGGUUACAACCAGUUUGACAUCCCUGGCUGCACAAGAACUCAUACAAAAUUUGUCUGCACAUAAUGUCACAGCCAAGCAGGUAAGUUUUUUUUCUUUUUACAAAUGUAUUAUAAAAAAACUUGCCAACUGAAUACAAUAAUAAGCGGAUGUUUCAUUAGUAAAAUCCUAGCUUUCUAAAAAUGUUUUGCGAUCUACUAGGCGGUCUACUUGCAUUCCCCAUAUGAAAUAGCAUAGCACUAAUAGCACAUGGGGUAACUUCUUCUUUUUAAGAACAUUUUUAACCAGAUGGUAUCUAUUCUGAAAAUGGCUUCUACAAUCCCCAUUCCCAGAAUGGGUGGUUUCCCCCCUUCAUGGUUUUUUUUUUAAAAUGUAUAAUAAACCUAUUGAUAAGAUUAUACAUUUAAUGAAGAAUUUUUAAACGUUUUCUCUACGGCUAUAUUAUGAGAGAGCAGGAGAGGUAGCUAGUAAUCUUUUUUUGUCAUUAUAUUUCUCAAACUCCUAGAUUAAUGGUGAAGGUAACUUUAAAUUAAUUUUUAGGUGCUUACAAAAAUAAUGGUGUUUGAAGGAGAUUACAGUCAUUGUGUUCACCUUUAUUAUAUACUUUAAUUAGAGGAAAUGAAACCAAACUGCAAGAAAUAUGUUGUUUUACAUUUUGUUGGGUUAUUUGUGAUAGCAAUGUUUACAGAUUAAAUUGAAAGUUGUAAGGCAAAACUUGAUUGACCUCUUUCGGAUUAUGUAUGAAAUUAUGGGCUGCCAAAAAUUUCCUAGAUUACCAAUAGAUGUGCAGCUAACAAACCAAAUUUGUAAUAAAGUUCAUUAUUAGGAAAUAACUUUCGGCAAUAACAUUUAUGGCGAACUCCAAACAUCUCAUCACAGUUAAUGAAACCACUUUCUAUUGCUGGUUGUUUCUUCCUUUGUCCAACCCAAACGUUCUUUUAUUGACUUGUCUACAUAUAUUUCAAGCUUCCACAUACCUAGUUCCAGUAUGUCCUUCACACAACUUGGACGCAGAUCUUCAUUCAUUAGAAAUGUGUAUCUUCAGUAUAAUUUUUUUUUUUUUUACUGUUAAUUAGUAUUAGUGCUCUAACUCUCUCCCCCCCCCCCCCAAAAAAAAAUUUUUUUAAUUUUUUUUUUUUUUUUUUUAUUUAGUAUUUUUGCUCUAUCUCUCUCCCCCCCCCCCCCAAAAAAAAAAUUUGUUAAUAUUGUUUUUUCUGAAUUUACCCCUAUAACUCAUAUUAUAUAUUCAAUGUUUCUGGACAGUGAUUAAGUAAGAUACUUUGCGAAUCGUGUGGAAUUCCUUUGGAUAUUUUUUACCACCAGAUUUUCGGAGUCAAAGACUUCAGAGAUCUAUAUUUAGAAUCAGCACAAAGUUUGACUAUUUCUGGGUCACUUGGGCUGGAAAUGCAGUCACAAAAAACUGCAGAUUUAUCUUCAAGGAAUCUCAUCAUCUCAUCACAGGUAGGUGCAGAAACUAGUUUGAAAAAAUGGGUGGAGGGAUAGUUUCAUCAUGUCAUCACAGAUAGAUGCAGAAAUUUGGGCAGACGGAGAGGCUCUUUAUCUCAUUACAGAUAGGUGCAGAAAUUAGGUUACAUGGAUAGGUUCUUCAUCAUCAUCACAGGCAGGUGCAGAAAUUAGGGUAGACAGAUAGGUUCAUCAUCUCAUCACAGGUAUGUGCAGAAAUUAGGGUAGACGGACAGGUUCAGACUCAGUGUUAAGGUGCAGCAGACGAUUACAGAGUCAUGAUAGGAUUAUUAAAAACUAGAUUUAAUCCUUGUUUAUUUAACAUUCAUUUUUAAGUCUGAGACAUUAUAUGACUCAACUCUAUUGGGCUCUUUUUGUCACAGAAUACGGUCAGCACCUAUUUUCAGCAAAAUUUAACUCAAGUUAUAUAUAUUAAAAAAAAUUAAACAAAUUUGAGUUCCAGCACAUUUUUUCUACAAAACAAUCACUGCUCAAGCCAAUAAGUGAAAUCCCAUGACAUUAUUUUUGCAGUAUUGAUUACAACUGUUUAGUAUUUGGCUUGAGGGAAUAGUCAGCACCUUAUUUCACAACACCUCACUAAAUUAUUAAUUUCUAUCAAUAAUAAACUGAAAAAAUUGACAGGAAAAAAUUAAUGCUUUAAACAGAGUACAUUAGAAAUAAUUUGCAAGUAAAAAGAAACGAUCAUUUCAACAAAAUUAACAUUAAUAAUUCCUCUUGAAAUUCCUACCUCCAUCAAAUUUGUUAAAUUUUUAAUACAUAUACUUAGAUAUCUGAGAUAUGCUAUCCAUAAUAAAUUAAUGAGUGUCCAUAUGCAAAAUUCACAAAUAUCUACAAAUGUAAAAAAAUUAUUUUAAAAAUUUUUUAAAGGGGUGCAAAAUGAAUGCUGCUUCAAAGGUUGUCUCCUUGCUAACAAUUAAUAUUUGAUAUUUGAAUUUGAGUGCUCAAUAACGUUUCUAAAAAGGGGAAAUAACUGCAUAUUCUGAAAAUUCAACAGUUUCCAAGGUUGUUCCUGUUACUGUUAGUUAUAAAAGUGCGAAAGUGCAUAUAUUAUUUGAUAUGUUUAGUCACUGUGAGAUCUCAUUUAGACUUACUUUUUCUAAUUUGGGCAACUUUAAAAAUCUUGCAAAUAAAUCUUUUACUAGUUGUUACCACUUGAGUCUAGUAAAUGGUGGUUUUGUAAAGCCCUAUAUUAUUUUAUGUUACUUUCAAUCAUAAUCAGUAUUAUAAAAAAGUUUAUGUUUUGAGUAUAAUUAAUCGCUGGAACACAAACUAGUGUAUAUUUUCUUUGAACUAUAUAAUAUUUAUAACUAAUAUUUUGUUUUAAUUAGAAACUCAAUGUUGAAUUAGAAUUAUAAUAUGAAUUUUCAAUUAAGUUUUCUUUCAAAUAAUUUUGUUACAAAAUUUUUCAGUCAUCUACAACUAUUAAAACUACACAAGGCCUUUAUUUGGGUAAACAUCUGCCAAAGGUAAACACAUCUGAGAGCACCAACUCUACCCUGCUGACCUACAAACUUUGUGUCUGUGGAUCAGGGCUGAUUUUUAAAGUCCUAGUUAACAAUUCUGAAUUAACUUGUCUAAAUGUCAGACAAGAUCAGCUACAGGAAUUGUGUGGAAACGGAUGAGAUUGUGAAUGCUUAUGAGAUUAUGUUGUUUAUAUAACUGUAUAAUGUAUUCACUGGUCAAUGUAUUGCCAUAUAAUAUUUUAAAGAGAUAAUUGUAGGAAAUAAAUGGUUUAACAAUUUUUUAAUGAAAUGUUAUAUGUUUAUUGUUGCUUGAAUAGCUGAUUCUCCGAUAUCAUUUUUUAUUUGGCGUAUAAACAAAUGAAGCAAAUAUUUCAUUUUGGCUGGUUUGCUAAUCUUUAACAUUUAAAAGCAACUACUCAACUGAAUGUCAAACUGAACAAAUCAGUCUUACAUAAAGGAAUUCACCAAGAAACAACAACCCCAGACUUGACAAGUUCAAUCACUGUUGAACAUUAUUUUCUUGAUUCAAUUCGUUUUCCUUGUCCAGGGCGGCACAUGCGUCUGGCUGGGUCUGGCGGUAAAACUGCUCCAUCACAUCAGCCAAACUGGCACUGCAUUGUCUCAAAGCCUUCACUUCACACUGGCGCCUUUGGAAUGUCACACUGUUGAAAAAAAAAAGUUGAACAUGAAGUGAUUAUAAUAUUAAAUUAAACACCUCGACAUGGUCUUAUUAACUUAGCAGUUAAGGUUUAUAUUGAUUUUAAAACUAUUUUUUUCUUAAAUACUUGGUGUCCACAUAUAACAGAUAAUUAUCUGGCAAAUGAGUUUAAUGAGUAAAAUAUGAAUUUGACUUAGAGAAUUAUUGAAUACUUUUGAAAAUAGUUCAAUGUCUUCCUAGAAUUACACUCAGAGAUUGUGACUAAUCAAAUACCUGCAGAGUAGAGUCUCCAUUGUUGUUCUUGACAGCUGUUCAGAGGGUGGGGCAAACUUCUUUACAACUCCCAUGUAAAAGAAGUAGUCUGCCAUCUCAUUUUGACAAGGUGCCAUUCUCACCUUUGACAGGCAGCUGAGCACAUCGCCACCACCCUGCUCAAUAGCUGUAGGGGACAAGAAACAGGUUUUGAUUACAUGGGUGUAGACCUACAAAGUAGCUGUUCUUUUUUAACAUUUUAAAAUUUUAUCAUAACAUCAUUUUCUUUGAAUAAAAACAGUAUUAAAUCAUACUAAAGGUUGAAAAAUAAUAACUAUCCAGCAGCAAAUUUGUAUUAAUUUAAAAUAAUAAACUCUUUCACUUGCAUUGUUACUGUUACAAAAAAUAGCUCAGUUUGUUAACAUACUUGAUCUUGAAGUCUCUUUGUAAAGUUGGUAAGUGAAAAUAUUUCAUUCAUAGUAAAAAAUUCAGUUUUAUUAGUCCAAAAACAAUUUUGACAAGAUGUACCUGAAAUGUUUGAGCAAAGUCCAGCGUAUGCCAGAGUGACCAUCUUAGGGUCAAAUAAAGAGCCAACCAUUUGGGUUACAGAAUCACUGCUUUGUUUUAGGCUUGUGUCCAAGCACUGGACAAAGCCAUCCUUGUCUCUGUUAACAAGAGAAAAAACUAAUACUCGUAACCAAUGUUCCCUUUAAGAUUUGUUGGUUCGUGUGCAAAAUAA